GAAAGUUCGCCCACCACUUACCACCACCGCCGUUCACCCCUCAAGAUUCUUUCCUCAAGAUGCGGGACGUCCUCCAAACAGAAGAGCUUGAUAUCCCCCAGAAUGUCGAUGUCUCUAUUAAAGCUCGUCUCAUAACCGUCACUGGCCAUCGAGGCACCCUCACUAAAAAUGUUCGUCACAUAAACAUGGACAUACGGCUGAUCAAGGGCAAAACUUCGAAAGUUACUCUCGCUGUCUGGCAGGGUGGACGCAAGCAUGUUGCUUGCUUGAGGACCAUCAAGAGCUUGAUUCUCAACAUGAUCAAGGGUGUCACCAAGGGCUUCCAAUAUAAAAUGCGAGCUGUUUAUGCCCACUUUCCUAUCAACUGCAUCAUCCAAGAGAACGGUCGUAAACUUGAAAUCCGCAAUUUCUUGGGAGAGAAGACUGUACGGCAUGUUGAUAUGUUGAAUGGUGUCACUGUCUCCGAGUCGAAGGCGCAAAAAGACGAGCUGAUUAUAGAAGGAAACGAUAUCGACAAUGUCUCACAAUCAGCUGCAUCUAUCCAAGGCAUAUGCCGUGUGAGGAACAAGGAUAUCCGUAAAUUCCUGGACGGUAUCUACGUUUCAUCCAAAGCUUCGAUAGAGCAGGACGCCUAAAUGUGGUUUAUUUGGAUGUAUACGUAUUCAUAUGACCCUCUAGUCCUUUGUUAUGUUCCAGAUCCCUUAUGCUUUCACCAUUGUCAUGGAAAAUUAUGGAACGAACGGA